UUUCCUCGCGCUCUUUGACCUUUGUCUUUCCACUUGCGCUCGUUUCUUUCUCAUUUCUCGUACCUCGAAGAUUUUGUGUAGUCGGUGGACUUUCUCUCACCGCACCGUUUCACAAUGCGGUUACAUUCCAUCUUUAAUUUCCUGGCGUUGGCCGCACCAAUCUUUGCGACCGUCCUUCCAAGCUACGACUACUCGCAACGGUCAGAAGAAGUAUCUGCGCAACAUCUCGAAUCUCGACAAAGCAAUGCGGGCUCCAUUCCCGUGACCUUUAACCUACUCGCGCAAACUGGCUGGGGAGAGAGUAUACAGGUUGCUGGUUCCACCGACGAGCUCGGCAAUUGGGCCGCCGCCAACGCUGUCGCUCUCACAGCAGCUCAAUAUACCGCCGGAAACCCACUAUGGUCGAUAACAGUUGACCUUCCAGUCGGACAGUCGUUCUCCUACAAGUUCAUCCGCAUCUCUGUAGACGGCACCGUCAUCUGGGAAGAUGAUCCUGAUCGAUUCUACACGGUACCUGGUAACGGAGCCACCGCUGCGACAAUCUCCAACUCGUGGCAAGCCCGGCCAACAACAUCCGCCACUCGAACUGCAACCUCAACUGCUCCCAUCGCCAGCUCGACAUGCACUAACGGACCAACAUCUCGUGGCUGCUGGACCUCUCCAUUCUCCAUCAACACCGACUUUGACCAGAACUGGCCCAUUACCGGACGCACAGUGUCUUACAAUUUCGACAUCACGAACAUCACCCUCGCUCCAGAUGGCUUCGCUCGUCCUGUCUUCGCUGUCAACGGUCAAUACCCCGGACCUACGAUCUUCGCAAAUUGGGGCGACACAAUUCAAGUCACUGUCCAAAACUCCCUCCAACACAACGGCACCUCGAUUCACUGGCACGGUAUGCGCAUGUACCACGCCAACGGUCAAGACGGUGUGCCUGGUGUGACCGAGUGCCCAAUCGCGCCCGGAAGGAGUAAGACGUACACCCUGCUCGCGACCCAGUACGGAACUUCGUGGUACCACUCUCAUUUCUCCUCGCAAUACGGCGAUGGCAUUCUCGGUCCUAUCGUCAUCAAUGGCCCUGCGUCCGCCAACUACGAUAUUGAUCUCGGCGCCCUGCCCAUGACGGAUUGGUACUACCCGACAGUCAUGACGACCGCCGCCCGCGCCAUGCACGCCAAUGCUCUGGCUCCUACAGCGGACAAUGGCCUUAUCAACGGAACGAUGGUCUCCACCUCUGGGAACCGAGGAGCAUAUGCCAAGACGACCCUCACAGCAGGCAAGAAACACCGGCUUCGGUUCAUCAACACUUCCGUCGACAACCACUUCAUGGUCGGACUCGAUGGACACAUCAUGACGGUCAUCUCCGCCGACUUUGUGCCCGUCGAGCCGUACAACGCGAGCUGGAUCUUCAUCGGUAUCGGUCAGAGAUAUGAUGUUGUCAUCUCCGCGGACCAGACGCCAGGACGGUAUUGGUUCAGGGCGGAAGUGCAGGAUAGCGCAGGGUGCGGAGCCAACUUCCAAAACGGCAACAUCCGCUCCAUAUUCUCCUACUCCUCCCUCCCCUCCAACACUCCCACCCUCCCCACCAGCUCCCCAACCCCCUACACCCAACGCUGCAGCGACGAAACCUCCCUUACCCCAGUCUGGAACUCCUACGUCCCCCGCGGCCGCAUCCCAGACGCAUCCUCUUUCUCCGAACUCUCCAUAGCAAUCAACCAAUCCACCGCCGCCGACGGAAAACUCACCCUCUACUGGCAAGUCAACGGCACGCCCCUCCGCGCAGACUGGGAGAAACCCAGCGUCAUGACCGUUCGCGACGGGAAAACUUUUCCCAAAGCGAGCAACAUGAUCACCUUCGAUGAUGACGAUGAAGAUGAGUGGACGUACAUCCUCAUCACGACGGGUCAAGGGUCGCCGUUUAAUGUGAAUAUCCCCCAUCCGAUUCAUUUGCAUGGACAUGAUUUUUAUGUGCUGGGGACGGGGACUUCGGCGUGGAGGGAUGCGGAUCGACAGGGUUUGAAUUAUGAGGAUCCGGUGAGGAGGGAUGUGGCCAUGUUGCCGAGUGAGGGGUGGUUGGCGAUUGCGUGGAGGAGGGAUAAUCCGGGGGUUUGGUUGGUGCAUUGUCAUAUUGCAUGGCAUGCGGAUGAAGGCUUCGCGGUGCAGUUUCUCGAGUCGCCGGAUAAGAUGCUGGAUGUUGCGCCGUUGCCGGGUGACUUUGAUGAUCAGUGUGCGGCUUGGAGUGAUUUCUAUCAGGAUGGGUUGUAUAAGCAGAGUGAUUCCGGAGUCUGA